CCCAACAGCACCCCGCAUCGGACUUGUACCGUGUCGGAACCAUGCCGUCCGUAUACAUACAGGAUGUCAAAUUUCCACAUCUUUUCGACAGAUCCUGUCCUAGAGGGCGAAAUUACUGUACUCUAAAAUCGAACACCAGAACAACACAAGUAUGGAUCCAGCACAAUUCGGCUACAGUACCAUUCCUCUAAAUCAUGCUCCAUACGGCCCUAUCGUACCGUCUGCCCUAGAAGGCUCCAAUGCCGGGAAGGUAGCCCUAGUAACGGGAGCUGGUCAAGGCAUCGGCGCCGCCAUCGCAGAAUCGCUAGCGAAAUCCGGGGCCAAUGUAGCCAUUCUGGACCUCAACGCCGACAAGCUCACCCAAACCAAGAAGACAUGUUCAGCAUUUGGAGGAAAGGUCGAAGCGUAUGGUUGCGAUGUGACGGACAUGGAGCGAGUGAAGGAAGUCUUUGGGCAGGCGGAGAAGCAAUUAGGACCAAUCGAUAUACUGGUGAACAACGCCGGAAUUUUUACUCAGCGGCCUUUCAUCAUGGGGGAUUUCGAGACAUUUUGGAAACAAAUCGAAGUCAACUUCAAGGCUCCCUUAAUGCUUAUCCACGCCAUCCUUCCACGAAUGCAAGAACGCGGACACGGCUGCAUUAUCAACAUCGCCUCCCGCUCAGGUACCGUCGAUGUACCCAUGACAUUGGGAUACGUAACUUCCAAAGCAGCGCUCAUCCGGGCUACACAUACACUGCAGACUGAGAUGGAGCUUGAUGGACUGGAUCCUGCGAUUCACAUGUAUGCGCUACACCCGGGUGGUGUCAAAGGGAACAUGGGCGGAGCUCCGGCUGCGGAUGAUGUGAAGAAGAAGUACGGUGAUGUUACAGAUGAGGAAUUCUUCAAGGAUCUAUUCAAGGAUGGGCCUUCGCUUUGUGGGCAGACGUGUGCAUGGCUGGCUAGUGGGCAAGGAAAAGAGCUUAGAGGGCUGUUCCUAGAUUGCCGACAAGACGUGAGGAAUUUGCUCGAAAUCGGACGAGACACAUUGUUGAAGGAAAACCGGAACAAGCUGACAGUGAACUUCAUUGAUGGAUAUUGCAACGAGCCAUAGUGAUCGGAAUUCAAAACCGAUGUCAUUCUGUGGUAGUCAAGCGGCAUUCUAAUAUAUUACAAGAAGUGAGAGAAGUGCAUGAGAACAAAACAUGAUUCCACAUACAAAACCGA